AUGUUAGUGGCUGUCGUGAUAAUCGUCCUUUUAUGUUUCUACUCAUAUCCGAAUCCCCCAAAACUCUCUAUAGAGGAAUUCUCAGUUCCAGCCUUCACCAACUCGUCAGACCAGACCGCCGGAAACAUAUAUUUCGACCUUAAACUCAGAAAUAUGAAUAAGGCAAUCGGUCUUUACUACGAAGACCCAUUAAGCAUCGCCUUCUUUUACUACCCAUAUGAUGAACCCUACCAGAAAUAUGUUUGGGCAGGCACUCUCGCAGCCUUUUACCAAGGUAAUGGCAAGACGAAGCAUAUCAAAUCAUUCAUGGGGAAUGACCACCAACUUCCAUCUACGGUGGUAGUCGACCCAGAAGAGCACACCGAAGAUCUCGUAAAGUCUGAUCAUGCGAGAUCCCUGCUCAAGGACCACCUCCAGCUGCCAUCUACGUUGCCAGAGACUCGUCGGGACAUGCUGGGUCGGUUACCGGCUGUGAAUAUUAGGAUCGCGGUUGUUAUUAAUUAUAGAUUCAAGUACUGGGUCGGAUCAGCUAAGCAUCAACUGGAGCUUGGUGGUAAUGUGAUGGUUGACCUUGACACUGGUGAGAUGGUUUCGCCUGGAAGCAUUGACUUGGUAGAAUCCGCAGCUUCCGCCGGAAGAGAAGUUAUGCUCGUGUUACUUUUUACUCAAUUUCUUCUUAUUAUAUGUUUUUAA